AUGCCCGGCUCUGUAGAUCCCACCACCCCGACAGAACCCUCGUCGCCGAGGCACUCCCCGCGCAUCGAGCUCCCAGAAGAAGACGCCAGCGCCUCCCCGCGGACAGACGGCCAGACCAGCCCAGGCCUCAGGAACAGCAAAGGAUGGGACGGCAAGCUCAGGGUUCAGCGUACCGCCGUCCUCGCCAACCCAGAGGUCCUCUCCGAUCCGGAAUCCGAUGACGAGAACGUCCUUCCGGGCGAAGAACUACCCGCUGACGAAGGCAAGUCUUCUUUACCUGGCGCGCUCUUCCUGCGCUGGGCUACAAGCGCGAGGCGAGGCGUGGUCCGCCUCUGCCUCCGCCAGAACUCGAUCCAGUCCAUCGACGGCCUCGCCGCCCUCGCGCCCACCCUCGAGGACCUUGACUUUUACGACAACCUCAUCUCCCACAUCCGCGGCCUCGACGACCUCGUCAACCUCACCUCCCUCGACCUCAGCUUCAACAAGAUCAAGCACAUCAAGCGCGUCAACCACCUGACCAAGCUCAAGGAGCUCUUCCUCGUCGCCAACAAGAUCUCCACAAUCGAAAACCUCGAAGGGCUCGACGACCUCACCUCGCUCGAGCUCGGCUCCAACCGCAUCCGCGUCCUUCAGAACCUCGACUCCCUGAAGAAACUCGAGGAGCUCUGGGUCGCCAAGAACAAAAUCACCGAGCUCACGGGGCUAGGCGGACUCUCUAACCUGCGCCUCCUCAGCAUCCAGUCCAACCGCAUUCGCGACCUGGCGCCCUUGGCUGAGGUGCCCGGCCUUGAGGAACUCUAUAUCUCUCACAACGCCCUCACAUCCCUCGCCGGUAUCGAAAAGAGCGAGAAGCUGCGCGUACUCGACAUCUCCAACAACGCCGUUGCGAGCGUUAAGGGCCUCGCGCCACUCAAGAACCUCGAGGAGCUCUGGGCCAGCUAUAAUCAGAUUGGCGACUUCAACGAGGUCGAGAAGGAGCUCAAGGACAAGGAACACCUCACGACGGUCUACUUUGAGGGCAACCCGCUACAGCUUAGAGGACCCGCGGUGUAUCGCAACAAAGUCCGUCUGGCGUUGCCCCAACUAUCCCAGAUCGACGCAACCUUUGUCAAAACAUCAUGA